GCUAAGUCUCAGUCUCCUUUCACAUCUGCAGGCACUGCCAGCCCUAGACCUCGCGGAGCCUGCGUGCUGUCUGGAGCAGCACUCUUCGCCGGGUUGCUAGGAGGUCUCUUAUGGGCGUCUUAUGGGCGUCUGCUAGAGUUUAAACUGAACUGAGAUCGGCAGUGAGAGAUCAGACUUAAACCCUGCUGUGGAUUAAAUAACCCAGAGAAAGGAGAGGGAGAGGAAAAGAGAAGGGACCCGAGGAGGAGGCUUCCAUCACGUCAUUGCAGGAUGUUCUGGAAGCUUUCUCUGUCUUUGUUCCUGGUGACUGCACUGGUGAAGGUGACAGAAGCCCGGAAGAACCGACCUGCGGGAGCCAUCCCCUCACCAUACAAAGACAGCAGCAGCAACAACUCAGAGAGAUGGCAGCACCAGAUCAAGGAGGUGUUGGCUUCCAGUCAGGAGGCCCUGGUGGUAACCGAACGCAAGUACCUCAAAAGUGACUGGUGCAAAACGCAGCCCCUGAGGCAGACAGUGAGCGAGGAAGGCUGCCGCAGCCGCACCAUCCUCAACCGCUUCUGCUAUGGCCAGUGCAACUCCUUUUACAUCCCCAGGCACGUGAAGAAGGAGGAAGAGUCCUUCCAGUCUUGUGCCUUCUGCAAGCCCCAGCGCGUCACCUCAGUCCUCGUGGAGCUCGAAUGCCCUGGGAUGGACCCACCCUUCCUACUCAAAAAAAUACAGAAGGUGAAGCAGUGCCGGUGCAUGUCAGUGAACUUGAGCAAUUCUGACAAGCAGUGAGCAGGCCUCAGAGACAGAAUACAGGUCCCCACCCAACUGCCCCUGUCUGCUGGGCCCUUCUGCUGCUGCCUGAAUCCCUGUCCUCCCAGUCACUCACAUGUUGUCUCCUGUCAGCAGCAAGAUCGUCUCUUAGAGCUGCUGAUGCCCUUUGUCACAAACACAGAUCACAAAGAAGACCCUUGGCCUCACCUGGGUCUCCUCAACUAGGCUGUGUUUCAGACUAGAAGGAAGAUGCUGAAAAAAUCAUCAGCCACCAACCAACAAUCUGAGGAUCCUUCACUGUCAAUCCGGGCAUUCAGUUUCCACCAUGUGGAAAAGUGAAUAUUUCCAUAGUCUCACUGUUCAGUGCAACCCUUCACAGGGGACCUGAAGACCACAUCAUUUUCCCUCAAGUCUUCCCUACUGGUCUCUGGGCCUCUAGCUGACAGUGUCCAUUCUAGUCAUUUGAGUCGGGCUGUCCUUUGUGUGAUGUUGAUUUGGACACAGACAUAUGUAAAGAAGACUUUGAUGGACAGGGAGGUUCUCCUAACAAACCAAGGAGACACUUGAAUGAUUUGGAUGACAAGUGGGCUUUCCUGGGAGCCUUGUACAGAGCAGGCCACACUCUUCCCGCCCCCAGCCACCACCCCAUCUGUGCCCUGAAGAUGAACUCUGCUGUGCAUGCUGUAAUCUGCUGAAAUUAGAACAUUAUCACACACACACAUCUUUUUAUUAAUGUUAGUUUUAUAAUUGGCCUAUAUUAUAAAGAGCUGUUAAAAAGUAUUAUGACGUAUCCAUGUGUCGUUUCCAAUUGUUUGGGCUCUAACUUUGCAACAGCAUUCUGAGUAAGGACUAGAGCAAGUAAUGAUGUGCCCAGAAGGUCAUAACUUUGGAAUAAUGCCUGAUCAGCCGCUCAUUGACAUGCACCUAUUCUUAGGUUGGGUUGGGAGGUGGGAGGAGUUAGGACUUUUCAUUAAAUAAUAUUUCACUUGAAGGUGCUAAAGCAUUGUAGCACAAUGUAGAAAUUGGGUUAGGGUGGACAGGUGUAGAGAAGUUGUUAACCUGAAACUCAAAAGCACCUAUAUUAUUUAAUAUACAUAUGUGGAGUGAGAAGCUAUACUAUUUCACUAUCAUUACAUUAAUCCAAAAAAAUCCUGUUAAAAGAAGGAAAUAUUUAAAAAUAUAAGGAGUCAGGCCAUUUUGUGGUAUAGGAAGAAGUAAAGGAUAAAAUAUAUAGAAUAGAAAUCUAGUUGAACAGUUACAGAAAGCACCUACCUUCCUUUUUGAAGAAUGAGAUUUUAAAAUGAUGAAAAAACAAUAGGUCACCUUCUGUUUUUAUAAUAAAUUAUGGAGAUUUUCACAUUGUGGUCAUUUGAUAUCAAGAAACAGACAUAAUUUGCAUUCCUGCAAAAAUUAUACUUUCUUUUGGCAAAUUGUCCCACAAAGUCUUCCCUAUAAAUAAUGUUUUUGGAAUCUGAUUAAGGUGAAUCAUACCAGUUGAAAGCCUUUUGCCAAUAAUUCCCAAGUCUCAAGUGUUCCUGCCAUGGAGGCUCAGAAGGUCCAGUUCCUGGGAAUGUGAAAGUUUCUCUGGAAUUAAGGUUUUCUGACAUUAGAUAGUGAUGUGGGAUCUGGAGACAUUUACCUGGAGUGCAAGAAUUUUGGUGCAGUGUGGAGUGUGGGUCAAUACAUCCCCCGAUCCUCCACUGCAGGUUUUAUUUCUGUAAAACCAUGAGACCUGAACAAAAUGUGCUGUUUUGAAACAGUGCUUGGCUUCAGAAAUGUGUAUCUACAGCCAUAAAUCAGAAGGUAGAACUCAAUGGAAAUCCUUGAGGUUUGAAACCUGGGAGUGGAGACAAAGAGUGGAGAAAGUGUCCAAGUUCAAAAAUGAUUUUUGUGUUUAGUGGAAAACCACAUGUCAUACUCAGGCAGAACAUGCAGCAGAAAAGCUGUGAAUAAAAGAGGUCCAUGUGAUUGUAAUGGCAGAUGGUGGAGCAGAGUAGGAAGAGAAAGGAGAGUGUCAGGAACUGCAAAGUAAGUCCCUGUCAUUUCAUUAACACAGAUCUCAUGCAAAUAUGGGAAGGAGUAAGCUAUGAACUCACAGAAUACAGACAUGAUCACACAAUCUUUGAACUCAGUUUUGGGUAUAGUGAUGAAAACAGUAUGGUAUGCUGCAAUGUAAAGCUCCUUCGGGGGUUAUGUGUGUACAAAAUUUACCUUAUAAUGGCUGAAAUUAUAUUUAAUAUUUGUUGUUUAUAAAUGAAAAUAAGCUAUAAGUAUAAUAUGUAAUUAUUUUAUAGGUAUACAUUUAAAUUAUAGAAUAAAGAUACUCUAGGAUUACAUGUGAUCUUGGUGUGAUGUUUCAUAAAACUGGAGUUCUGAACUUGUUUUAGGUCUUUUUGGUGAGUUCAACAACUAACCUAUGUCACAUGAUCUCCUUUGGGGCCCUGGCACCUUCAAAGAGAAUCAGAAUCAGAAUCAGGCAUCCAGGUUGUAGAGAUAUUUGGAGUUGAUGUCAAUCCUGACUGUUAUGUUGACAGGAUCACACUGGCAAAUGGGAGUCAUGGAGCAAGCUGCACAAUGCAGGAUGCUGUCCAAAGAGCAAGUACUGGCUUUUAUUGAUAACACAAUCAUAAAGCAUCCAUUACUUGGGGUAGGAGAUCAAACAGAAAGAGUGAGUGAGAACUGAACAUGUGCUUAUGUCAUAUAGGGCUUCAGGGGAUGUUAUCUGGUAUUGUAUUGGAAAUCAUACCCCAGAUCUCUACCCAUAGUUCCAGUCUUAUCAACAAGGUGUUCCACGGAUCAGUCUCUGGGAUGCAAGGUUAUACAUCAGUCAACGGUCCCCUGAGUGUUUCCAAUCAUCCAUCAUGAUGUAUACCUAUUGUUCCAGCAUAAUCAAGUGUUCUGCUCUUCUUUCCGAGCCUUGUAGGAUCUGGUAUACUACAUUUUUAGGUCAGAUAACUGAUUGGUCAGGAUGUUUAACCUUGUACUAGAAUGCAGAACUUCAAGUUAAGUUAUCAAGAGGGUGGUCAAGCAGGCCGUUUGUGUCUAGCAGAACCACACCCAGUAUUGGGGAUUGUCAAAUCUUACAGAAACAUCAGUAGCUGAAGACAGAAUUCUAAACCCUUUCUCACUAUGCUCUCUGAAUAAGAAAUAUCAAACAAGAAAGCCUUAAGACACUGCUGUAAAUAGAAGUUCACUAUAAACCUCCCCUUCCCUUUUGCAAACAAUGAUCCACAUGUCUUUUAACAAACCAGAAUUUGUCCUAAGUUUUGUCUGUUUUCACAGUUAUCUGACCUAAAACAGUUACAUACUAUCUCCAUUUUUCUACUAAUUGACUUUUAUACCAUUAAAGUACUCAAUUUCUAAUUAAAAACUUUAAUGAAAUGGCAUAAUAUUGAUUUGCUACAUGAAAUUCAAUGGAAUUAAACCCAAUAAUAAAUAAUUCAUCUUAAGUUAUUAAAUGGGACAGAAUGCAACAGUUCCUUAUAUAACUUCAUUUUGUUGAAAGUCAGCAGGUUUUUUCUCAUCAAUUUUAUAACAA